AUGGCCGACGUCCAGAUCGAGCUGAAGAGCGGAGGGGCUGUUCACUCAGCAGCUGCAGGAGGGGAUCUGCGUGGCCCCGAGAACAGCAGUGUGGAAUACCGGCAACGGCAGAAGCUGGAUAGGUAUCUGAACUUCUUCUCAACGUUAGCGUUCUCGGUCACGCUCCUUGCGUCUUGGGAGACUGCUGGUGGGAGUCUUGCGGCCGGUCUGUACAAUGGAGGUCCAGCGGUAAUUGUGUAUGGCAUUAUUGUCAGUGCACUGGGCAAUUUGGCGAUCGCAGCGUCACUGGCGGAGCUUGCCUCGAUACAUCCCACCGCUGGGGCACAAUACCACUGGACCUACAUGCUUGCCCCGCGGUACCGUCGAUUCCUCAGCUUUUUUCAAGGAUGGGUGACCGUCUUCUCCUGGGCGGCGCUUGCCUGUAUAGCGCCUUACUUCAUCGGUACCGAGAUAGAAGGCAUGGCCGUCCUGAGCCACCCUGAAUACGAGGCCAAGCGGUGGCAAGGCACACUGCUCAUGUGGGCUGUGCUAAUCCUCCCAAUUAUCAUCAACAUCUUCGCGCGCCGUGUCCUUGCCGUCAUCGAAGUCGCCGCGGGUGUCAUGCACGUCAUCUUCUUGCCUGUGACCAUCGCAACGUUUGUCAUUCUCGCCCCUCGCAAUUCCAACGCCUUCGUCUGGGAUACUUUUGUCAGCGGCCUCAGCGGGUGGCAGAACCCUGGAGUCGUCUAUUCCGUCGGGCUACUGGGCGUCAUCACCCCUUUCAGCGGAGUCGAUGGGGUCAUCCACAUGUCCGAGGAAGUCAACAAUCCCAAAGUCACGGUCCCCCGCUCCAUGGUAUGGGGCACGCUGAUGAACUUCCUCAUGGCCUUCGGGUACGUCAUCGCCAUCCUCUAUUGCAUGGGGAACUACGCCGAAGCCCUAGAAAGCCCCACGGGAUACCCGAUCAUCGAAAUCGCCUACCAAGCCACCGGCUCCAAAGCAGCCACCUACGUGCUCAUGACCAUGGGAAUCCUCCCGGCCUGGAUCGCCUUCUUCAACUGCCUUGCCUCCGUCACCCGUCUGACUUGGGCCUUCGCCCGCGACAACGGCCUGCCCUUCUCCGAUUUCUUCGUCAAGGUCGACCCGUACUACAAGAUCCCCAUCCGCGCCCUUUUCCUGGUCACCACCCUGGUCAUCGCCCUCUCCUUCAUCCAGAUCGGAUCCAGCGACGCCUUCAACGCCAUCCUCUCCCUCAGCACCCUGGGCUUGUACAUCUCUUACCUGAUCCCCCUGGUUCUCCUCGUGCUGAAGCGCUUCACCGCCCCCGCCGAUAUCCCCCAGGGAUCGUAUUCCCUCGGUCAGUGGGGACUGCCCAUCAACCUGACUGCCAUUCUCUUUGCCACGUACUUUUCCAUCUUCUUGCCGUUUCCGUCCGCGCUGCCCGUCACCGGCGAGAAUAUGAACUAUGCCGGCCCCGUGUUGGGGUUCGUCAUGCUUUUUGCCUGUGGCGAUUGGGUCGUUAGGGGAAGACAUAAGUGGAAUGGACCCAGUAUGGGGUAUUUGAGGGAGUGA